AUGCCUAAACAGUGUCAGCUAACAAUAAAAAACUUAUCCAUUUGUACCAAAUUAAUUCAUAAUUUUACAUCAUUGAGGGUGUUAGACCUACACAAGUUAGGGAUAAAGAUCUUACCAAGAUCACUAGGUGAGCUCGUGUGCUUACGAUAUCUUAACUUGUCGAGGAACCCAAUAGUAAAACUCCCGAGUUCGAUCACAAGGCUGUUGAAUUUGCUGUCUCUCUACGUGUCAUGGUGCGACAAGCUUCUGAUGCUACCUAAGGACACGUACAAGUUGUCGAAUCUGAGACAUCUCUACAUCAAAGGCUGUGAUGCAUUGCGUCAUAUGCCAGCCGAUUGGGAAGCUUGA